UGCUUUUAUCCUUUUUUCAUUUAAGCUCAACUCUUCAUCUCUAUCACUUAGUAUAUUCUUUUUCCACUUGUUUCUUUGUCUGUAUCAUUCAACUUCAAGAACCACAAAAUAAAAGAAAGAUGUUGGCAUUAUUAACCAUUCUUUUCUUAGCAAUUCUCUUCAUUAUUGGGCUUAUAACAACCCUUUUCAAUUUCCCAACUAACAAGUUACAAUCUUGGAUUAAAUCAAUUUCUCUAAAAUCUCCACCUCUUCCAGAGAAGACCAUAAUAACAUCCUCAUCAUCCUCAAUAGCCAUGGAUGAAAAGAAGGUGGAAAGCUCUAACAAUUACAACAAGGUUGAACUAAAGAGUAUUUUUGCAACUUUUGACAAGAACAAUGAUGGUUACAUAACAAAGCAAGAAUUGAAACUAUCUCUCAAGAAUAUUGGUAUUUUGAUGGAGGACAAAGAUAUUGUUGAUAUGGUUGAGAAAGUUGAUUCCAAUAAAGAUGGUUUAAUUGAUCUUGAUGAGUUCUAUGAACUUUGCCAUACUUUCUUGGGAAUAAAGGAAGUGAAUGAAGGUGAAAUGAAUCCAGAAGAAGUGGCUAAAAGAGAGAAGGAUCUUAAGGAAGCUUUUGAUGUGUUUGAUCAUGAUAAAGAUGGAUUAAUAUCAGAAGAAGAGUUGAGUAAGAUUCUUUCAUCUUUAGGGAUGAAAGAAGGCAUGAAAUUGGAUUAUUGUAAGGAGAUGAUAAAGAAAGUUGAUGUGGAUGGAGAUGGAAUGGUGAAUUUUGAGGAGUUCAAGAAGAUGAUGAAAGCUUGUGGAACUCUUGUUCCAUUUUCUUAAGCGACCACAUGCAAGUCAAUAUUAUGUUUUUAUAGUUCCUCAAGGCUUUUCAAGAAACCAAUUGAAGAAUGGCCUUUGCUAAAAGCUAUACAAAUCUCUAGUAGUCUGUUGUAAUCUCUCUUUUGUUUUAUGAUUGAGAAACUUGUCUGGAGACAGUUAUCUCUGGGUCAACCGCAACAUUCAAAACUGGGAUGAUAAGCUCAUCCUUUUACCUUUACCUUUCUUCACUUAAAUAUUGAACUUAAUUCGCUUGGCAUAGGACUCGAACUAGUGUACCUCAACCUUUGCUAAUUGAGCUAACCCUAGUGGCUUCUCUUGUUUUAUUUUUCUUUUUCACCCCAAGGGUUUGGGGUGAGCCCAUGAAUGUGUAUUGGAAGGGUCAGAUAUGACAAUUGGCCUGGCUCUUUAUUCAAGUUAGUAUUGAUCUAAUGUGUGCUUUCAGAGCAGACAAGCUCAUGGUUCUGGUGAAAAUUAUUCUUACUAGUA